AUGGAUUCAUCGUAUGUGGAGCACAGAGACUCACGUCAGUUCAGGUCCCGAACAGACAGUCACCUGUCGUCAACUACAACGCAAUUUCAAGGUCUUCUUAUUGAGACUGACCCCGCCACUUCCUCAAACCACCAAGUUGGUAUAUCUUCAUCAGACUCAGCAACAACAGCUACCACACUCAUUACUUCACCGAUACCCACAUUCCUUCAACAAAAAUCUGAAUCUUCAACUGCCACUGGUCUAUCGUCACCAGCCUCUCAGCAAUACACACCAUUUCCGAUCCUCAACAAGAGUGAACUUGACACAGACUGGUCCUGUAUCACGAAUUCAGAAGCACAACCAGGCAACUCACUUGAACUACGCAUCCAUCCAGGGCAAACGUUUCCUGGUACUGAAAAUCUGGAAUAUAAACUUCCCAUUCAUUCAAAUUCACUUCCAGCAACUAUGUCUACUCUUGGUAUUCAGCACUAUGACCCACGGUUUGAUGCCGGUGCACGACCAUCAUAUACUUGGCCUCGACUGACUAGAGUAGAAUUCGAGAUGAACGAACAAUUCAUCCAACAACAUGAUUUGAGCCCACAUAUGAGCCCACAUAUGAGUCCUGGACAACUAUCACCAUAUAACGAGCUUAAGCCAACACCAAUAUACGCACGAGCCAUUUCAGACAGCCCACCACGAGCAAGUCUCACGGCUGAACAGAGGGAACUGAAGCGUCAGCGCGACCAUGCAAGGAGAGAAACAAAGACGAGACAAAGAAGGGAGAGAUCUUUGAGCAACCCAUACGCAUCAAACAGAACAACACCAGACAUGUUACCACGAACUCUCCCAGAUCACUAUUCAAACCCUAAUUCGCUCGCUCCAACUCCACUCUUAUCACAAGGUCCUUCUAAUCAUGGCCUCCCCAGUCCAUCUUACCUCGCACCAUACUCGCCACAAGUAUCUGUGACUGAUACUACAUCCUCAGACAUGUAUGGGCCAGUUUUCACAAUGGGUCCAAAUGACUAUACACCAAUCUCAGCGUAUUCAGCACCAUACUCAAUGGGAGGCCCUGAAGGCACCCUUCCUUCAUACGCUCCUAGACCACACUCCCUUUCAUCGGCCUCCGAUCAAUCUAGCCUCGGCAGUAUCUAUGUACCACACACACACUCGCUUUCUCCUUUGACUCCCCUCUCCUCGAUAUCUCAACCUUCACCCCUCGAACCUCGCGAUCACGUUCGUGUCGUGCAAUCGCGACCCAAGCCCCAGUGUUGGGACCAUGGCUGCAAUGGUCGUCAAUUCAGUACCUUCUCCAACCUUUUGCGUCACCAACGUGAAAAAUCAGGCGUAGCAAGCAAAUCAUCAUGCCCCAAUUGCGGCGCCGAGUUCACAAGAACUACUGCUAGAAAUGGCCAUAUGGCACAUGAGAAAUGUAAGCAGAGAAGAAAUUCUUAAGCUAGCAUUGCCGUACUGGUUUUUUAUUAUUUUCGACGCAGAGGCGCGUUUCAUUUUCAGGGGCUGUGCAACACUAGGCGUGGGUUUGAUUUAUUUGGGGGCUGCUCUUCUUCAUCAUUUACUUGAAUUGGAUAUUAUAUGCGAUCAGACGAGAUAAGACGAGAUGAAUAGGCUAUGAGAAAGAAUGAAUGAAUUGUAAGAAUAUCGGGUACCGGGUCAUCUCAUAAUUUCAUCGUCACACUCAUCACCAUCAUCAUAUUCAGGUCUCUGGGAUAAGGAAGGAGUUAAAUUUAGAGCUGCCACUCGUUGCAUCUACUUAUUGGGGUUUUGGUUAGGUCUCUUGUUUUGGCUGGAGAAAGUUAUUUUUCGGUUUUUAUGUAUAUGGUCAUCUACUUCGUUUCUCUACACUCUUUCAAGCACUUUUAUUUAUCCGGCUAUAGCGAGUCUUGUUUUUUUGGGAGCGAUAAAAAUCAUUUUUGUUUGCUUGUUUGUUUUUGUUUCUAUUUUUACUUUGUACUGGCUUUUCUGGUCUGGUCUUGUUGUCAUCUACAAUCUGCAAUGUUAUACCCCCAACUUCUCCUUAGAAGCUAUUAAAGAGGCAUUGUCAAUCGUUUUGUUUGGAAUCAAUCAUGGGAUCAUUAUACCAGGUAUACAUUGGGUAUAUAGAUUAAAUGUAUUAUGGAUUUGGAAAUAUGAAAAAGAAUUAAGAUAUCAAAUUAUUAAGACUGAAUGGGC